AUGACAACAGCUGCACUAUUGGCACCUGAGAUUAAAGACAGGCUACAGGAACCAACAGUAGCUAAUGGCACUUCCUCAUCUCUAUUACAACCUGACUUUAAACUUGAAAAAUCAACUAGUACAAGUCUUGCUGAAAGAAGAAGACUUCCUGUAUCCCCUGAAAAGCUAAAGCUAUACAGCCAAAUCACAGCUACACAUACGCCCACAAAGCAACUUAAUCAAACAUUAAAGCGACUGGAAGAAGAAAAUGCGAAACUGCCACCUCAGGACUCUGAGGAGUAUUUGUUGGCUCGAUUAGAAAGACAAAAUGUACUUUUAAAUGCCGAUCCUAAAUCUGUUUGCAUUGAAUCAAAUCGUCUUCAAGCCGACUUUAAUACAGUUCGCAAACUAGUCACCGAUGCCACCUUUUCGCCUACUCGUGAAAACUAUGAAGAAUCAAUCCAGGCUAUGCUUGCCAAGAGUCCAAUCACAAGCACUACUUGCCUUACGACCGAUCAAGACGACUGGGACUUUUGGCAAGCAAUCGUUGAGGAUUAUCCUGCAGCUGCUGCUAAACUGCCCCAUCUGCUGUCAGCCAAGUUACGCUGUGGCGGUAUUCCUCAUCGUAUCCGUGGACUGAUUUGGCAGUCCAUGGCCCAAUCUAGCUCGCUUAAUCUUGAGUCUUGUUAUGAACAACUCUUGCAGGAAGAUUCCUCGUAUGAGCGAGUCAUUCAACGUGACCUCUCUCGUACCUUCCCUCAACUUGACAUGUUUAAAGAUGAUGGUGGUGAAGGGCAAUUGGCUCUUGGUCGACUAUUAAAAGCUUAUAGUCUAUAUGAUACGCAUGUUGGAUAUUGCCAAGGUCUUGCAUUUUUAGCUGGUCCCUUAUUGAUGACUAUGCCUGAAAAUCAAGCGUUUUGUAUAUUCGUAAGACUGAUGGAAACAUAUGAAAUGAGAACCAUGUUUACACUCAAUAUGGAAGGACUCCACCUUCGUUUACACCAAUUCCAGACCAUUCUAGCUCAAGUCUGUCCUCGUUUAGAAGCUCACCUCGAAGCCAACUCAAUCCAUACACCUAUGUAUGCUUCUCAGUGGUAUCUUACCUUGUUCGCUUACACUUUUCCUAUCUCGCUUGUUUUGCGUAUCUACGAUUUGGUCUUUGCUGAAGGUGCAGUUGAAACAAUCACACGUGUAGCUAUUGCCAUCAUGAAAAAGAACGAAGAGACGCUACUGGCUAUGGACGACUUUGAAGAGCUCAUGAUGUACCUCAGUUCACGCAAAUUGUAUCAAAUUGCUUACAACUCAGAUCCAGAAGCCGUCAUUCAGGAUGCUAUGUCGCUCAGUACGGUGAUCACCCGGCAAAAGAUGGACAGCAUUUCGGAAAACUACAACAAGGACCUUGAACAAGAGACGACACGAGCACAACAACUGCUCAAUAUUCGCUUCAGCGGCUGGAAGUCGAAAAAGAAGAACAAACGCGAGUCUUGGUUUAAUUGGGGCCAACCUACACAAUCAAUAUCAGCUGAGGAGAGUUUAGUGACAGAACAGCCUCCUUCCCCAACGACACCAGAUAGAUUUUCGCCAAUGCUCCACGAACAGAUCGAAGACUUGGUCAUGGCCGUUUCUGAAUUGCAGCGCGAGAAUACAAGAAUGUCUGAGGAGCUGAUGGCCCGACGUAUACGAGAGAUGGAUUUGCUUGCUGAACGUGAUCAGCUACUGAAGAAAGUCAAUAUCAAGGACACGGACGAGUUGGCCAAAAUCCGUGCAGAGCAGCCCAGUCCUGCAGAAUCAGUAGACAGACAACUUGGAGAAGACCAUGUCGAUAUCAAACUGCAGCCGGACUUUGUUGAAUCGCUUAAAUCAAGCGGUGAAUUUGGAGCGCUUGUUGCCGGAGCUUUGUCAAGUGAUAAGGAUAACAACAUGUCAGAAACCAAGUUUGAUGAAGUGACGUCGGAGCUUGUCAAUAUCAAGUUGGCUAAUUUUGAGAUGGGAUUAAAAUAUCAAGAGUUAUGCCAGAAUCAUGAAAACGUCCUCAAGAAGUUAAAGGAAACUCAAGAGGGACAAGCAGCUCUCGUGGAAAAGAUUAUGUCGCUUCAGACAACUAUUGAAAGCUUGCAGAUUGAUAAAGAAAAGCUCUUACAGGAACAAGAGGCACUGGUUGCAGAAAAUGAAGCAUUGAUCGAAAAGAAUACGGUUGCUAAAAAAACAUUGGCUGAUCUUCAGUUAGAAAAAAUGAAUCUCGAGAGCGACUGUCAGCAGUACAAAGAUCGUGUGAAAGAGCUAGAAGACCAGCGUCGCGAGUACUUGAUGCCUCGUGGAUCAUUUACUGAAGAGGUACUAGCAGCGCACCAAACCUUAUUUGGUUCCUCAUCAGCUGCACCGCCCAUGAACCGACGUCACACGGUCCACAUGGUAGAACAGGAAAAAGACAAGUAUCAAGCAAAGUAUAUCGAAAGCGAUCUGAAAUGUAGAGAGCUCGAAAAGCUGUUGGCAGAAGCAAAGUAUAAACUGGUCGAGUACGAAGCCAAUGCGGCAAGUACACCUGUGAGUUCACCAAGGGCCUCUCUUCAGCAGCCAAGAAGACCAAUUUCUAUUCAGACCAAGAGAAGCUCGCUUUCUGCGCUCAUAAACAAGUCAGGGCCUACAUCUCCUCCUUACACGGAAUCCAAUUAUACGGCAAGAGAGUCUAUUGAUAGUCUUCGAUCGACAACAUCGACAACAUCUCAAAAGAGAUCAAGUAUUUACAGCAGAUUCUUUAAUACCUUGAGCGGUGAGCCUUUGACAGAAGAAGCUCAAGCAAUGACUAACAAUGCAUAA